CAAACGAGACAUACGUGACAAUGCGCGCACAAUAGUGAAAUGAAAUGAAAAUUCUUAGGUUGAAAAUGCCACGUAAAACUAGCUAAUAUAAAAGGUUAACGCAAAGCAGCUUAUCACGUGAUUGAGCAGACGCCCUUUAUUAUUGUCACGUGACAACAAAGAACCGCUACUCUGAACUAUUUAUAUCAAGCGUCCAUUGAGGCGCAUACGAUUAUCUAUGCUUGCAUCGAGAGCGACUAUUGCAACAAAACGAUGGCAAGCUGUAUAUAUAUCUGUAUAUAGAUGUUUGUUACCUGAGACCAAUGUUUGAAGGAAGCAUGUUUGGGGAGUAUGCCCAGAUUGCCUCCUUCCUCUCAUCUCCAACAGCUGGGAAUUAUGACUAUGGAGCACGAUAUCUUCCAGCCCACCUUUUACCACAGCAACCUUCAUUUAAUAUGCCAUGGGGAUGGGGACAGAAAGAUAAAGAAACUAUAACAGAAGAGGGAGUUGUUGGUGAUGGACAGUCUUUGUUGGUGGAAGACUUUAUUAUGGUUGCAGAAUUUUCAGAAAUUGAGGGACCGAAACCUGUACUUACAAUUCCUAAAGAUGGUGGUGAGAGUGUGGAUUUAAAUUCUCUGUCUGUGAAAAUCAUGGCUGUUGAUCAUCAAACAAACUCAGAGUCAGAGGGAUUCAGCAUAUCCGAAGACACACAAAUAGUACUUUCUGACCAUGAUACUGGUGUUUAUGCAUUUGCUCAUCAUCUGUUGCUCUAUGAUAAUCAAGCAAGGGGCUUUGUGAGGCCCUACUGUAUGUCUUCGUCACAACAGACUUAA